AUGCAGCCGACCGUGUUGCUCAGCUUCCUGGGAGCCGCGCUGCUGGCCGCUGUCAAUUCCGUACCAGUGGAUAAUGGGAGCCACAAUGAAGAAAUGGUCACUCGCUGUAUCAUUGAGGUCCUCUCAAAUGCCCUGUCCGAGUCCAACAUCCCAUCUAUCACCCCUGAAUGCCGGCAAGUCCUGAAGAACAGUGGAAAAGAAGUCAAAGACAAAGAGAAAAGUGAAAAUGAAAACACCAAGUUUGAAGUAAGAUUGUUAAGAGACCCAGCUGCGGCCCCCAAAGCCCAGGAGCCAGCUGGUAGAGAGGAAGCAGCAGCCCCAGGGGAGGAGGACACUCAAGGCCAGACAAAGGCAGACAUGGGAAAGUGGGCAGAGGGAGGGGGACACAGCCAAGAGGUGAUGGAUAAGCACCAAGGGCACCCCUACCCCUCUGCUAGCCAAGUUUCCAAAGAAGCAAAUACUCACCAUUCUGAGGGAGAGGACGGGAAGGAAGAAGAGGGAGGAGACUACCAGCAAGGGUUGUUCCGUGAAGAUGUCAGUAAAGGGAAACAGCCUGAAGAGCCGGGAGAGGUGCAGAAAACCUUUCUCAGCAACAGAAACCAGGCUACAGCUAAGCAAAAAGAGGAGCUGAGGAUCAGAUCAGAUUCAUACUCUGAGAAGACACACAGCAGAGAGGAGAGCAGCCAGGAGAGUGGAGAAGCCACGAGGAGCCAGGAGAAACAUCCUGAAGAGUCUAACAGCCAACUCCAGAGCAAGGAGGAAUCGGAGGAAAGCGAGGAAGACGCUACCGCUCAGGUGACCAAGCGACGCACGAGGCCUAGACACCACCAUGGGAGGAGCAGGCCGGACAGGUCCUCUCAAGAAGGAAAUCCUCCCUCGGAGGAAGGAGGACCUGCCCUGGAGGGAUUUGAGGAGGCCAAUGUGGGCCCAGCCCAUUUAGGGGAAAAGAGGGAGCACCAUUCAACCCAUUACUGGGCUUCAGAGGAAGAACCCAGAUAUGAGGAUCUGGAGAGAGCACACUAUAGAGGCAGAGGAAGGGAGGAGUACAAGGCCCUGAGGCCUUACAGCGAGGAGAGCCAGGAGGAGGAGGACAAGAGAAAUCAUCCCAGUUCACAACUUGAAAACAUGGCACAUGAAUAUGGUAAGGAAAGUGAAGAGGAGAAGGCAUAUGAGGGGAUAAAGGGAUACCAUCACAGAGGCAGGGGAGCGGAGCCAGGCUCCUAUUUGACUCCUCACACCAGAGAAGAGAAAAGGUUCUUGGGUGAAGGUCGUCACCAUGUUCAAGAAAGCCAGAUGGACAAGGCAAGAAGAUAUCCCCAAAAUGAAUGGCAAGAGCAAGGAAUUGAUUAUCUCAAUUACGGUGAGGAAGGAGCCCCAGGGAAGUCGGAGCCACAGGAGGACCUUCUGGAACAGAAAGGAAAUCGGGAGGAAGCUAGGCUUCAAGACAAAUGGUCUGGCUCUCCACAUACCACUGAAAAGAAAAAGAGAUUAGGGGCCCUCUUCAACCCAUACUUUGACCCUGCCCGGUGGAAGAGCAGCCGUUUUGAGAGAAAAGACAACAUGGAUGACAAUUUCUUUGUGGGUGAUGAGGACAAUGCACUGACCUUGAAUGAGAGGAAUGUAUUCCCAGAAUACAGCUAUGAUUGGUGGGAGAAAAGGCCCUUCUCAGAGGAUGUGAAUUGGGGAUAUGAGAAGAGAAGCUUUGCUCAGGCCCCCAAAUGGGAUCUGAAAAGGCAGUAUGACCGAGUGGCUGAGCUGGACCAGCUCCUUCACUACAGGAAGAAGUCAGAUGAAUUUCCCGACUUCUAUAACGUCGAGGAGCAGAUGGGAACACUCCAGGAAGCAGAAAAUGAAAAGGACAGGGCUGACCGAAGAGUUCUGACAGAGGAGGAGGAGAAAGAGCUUGAAAACCUGGCUGCAAUGGACUUGGAACUGCAGAAAAUAGCUGACAAGUUCAGCCAAAGGGGCUGA